AUGAAGCCGAAAAGCAACUUUCUCUUACUGGAUGGGAAGACAUUUGAGCCCAAGGGUUGUUGGCUGGAGCCGAACGCUACCGUUCCAUUCAACUACGAUUUCUGGUACCAACCACGUCGUAACAUUAUGAUAUCAACUGAAUGGGGUGCGCCAAAUGUCAUCAAGAAAGGAUUUGAGCCUAACCACGUAACUGAGGGUCACUACGGCCAUUCCGUUCACCUAUUCAAGUGGUCUACCCACGAGAAACUUCAGACACUAGAUUUGCCCUGUCCUGAAGGUGCCAUUCCUCUUGAAGUCAGGUUCCUGCACGAGCCUACAAGUCCUUUCGCCUUCGUUGGUACUGCCCUUGGAUCGUGUGUGUUUCUCCUACAUCCUACAUAUGAGGUGGAAGGUUGGAUGCUGCCAGAAAUGCCGUCCCUAAUCACCGACAUUCUGAUUUCAAUGGACGACCGUUUUCUGUAUGUUUCGAAUUGGCUUCAUGGUGAUAUAAGGCAGUACGACAUCACGGACCCUCAUAAUAUCCGACUACAUGGACAAAUAUUCCUCGGAGGAAGCAUACAUACAGAAAGCGGUGUUAAGGUCAUAUACGAUGAGGAAUUAAAGACUGCACCUCUAGCUCGCUAUAUCAAAGGAAAGCUCAUCGAAGGCGGCCCGCAAAUGCUUCAGCUGAGCCUCGACGGAAAACGUCUAUAUGUGACAACAUCGCUCUAUAGAAACUGGGAUUUACAGUUCUAUCCAGAGUUGGAAAAGUAA